AUGGCUUUAAUUUGGGAAGAUAAAGAAGUCAAAUUCGACAUACCAUACACAGCAUUCGUGUCUUCAAAAUUGUACCGAGAGCUCAAACUAAGAGGAGCCGUUGUAUAUAAUAAACAAUUAAAAAUCCUACCCUUAGAGCAAGUUUUUUCCACAAUUCACGGUGUGUGGAAUCUUUCCAGUGACCAAGGUAGUCUAGGAACGUUGAUAGUAACAAACGUGAGAUUAGUUUGGUUUGCCGAUAUGAAUGAAGCCUUCAAUGUAUCUCUGCCCUACUUACAAAUAGAGAGUAUUAAAAUUCGUGAUUCAAAGUUCGGCAAUGCCUUGGUGGUUAUAAGUUCAGAGGGUAGUGGUGGCUAUAUUUUAGGCUUCAGGGUAGACCCAGAUGAAAAAUUAAACACCCUGUAUAAAGAAUUAGUUUCUCUAUACUCUGUAUACACCAACAAUCCUACAUUCGGUGUCGAAUAUAAAUGGUUAAACAAACAAAUUGAAAAUCCAACAGAAAAAAUUAUUGACGAUUUGGAAGAAAUUUCAGAACCCAAAAACGAAAUGACCAAUGCGCUGUCUGUUUAUUUAGCCGAUGAGGGGCAUUCUAAAGAUAGACCCCCUGUAUAUUCGCAUGAUUUGGGCUUGGCAGUAGAAAUGGUUAAAGAUGGUUUUACUUUACAGAAGCUUUGGGAAGUCUUACCUUCUUAA